UCAAGAAAAAAUUGUUAGCAUUCUAUACGGGCUAGAUACGAUGAUGAACUAUUUGACGGAUUUAAAAGAUGACAAAAAUAACAUGUUACAUAUGGCAGGGAUAUUGAUAGAAGAAUCCACUAGGGUUAAUCAGAUCCCAGGGACAGUUUUACAAAUGCAAAGAGAGUUACAGUGGUUCAAGGAGAUAGAGAGAAUUGUCCAUCCCAAGGCUAAGGAAACUACCAACAAGGAUGGUUUUACUCCCCGACAAAUGUUUACAAAGAACCAUAAGAACAUGAUGGAAAGGGGAGAGAAAUGGAUGAAGGACACAACAUCGUCAUGUACAGUGGUGGGUGCUCUGAUUGUUACCAUUAUGUUCGUUGUAGCUUUUGCGAUUCCAGGUGGUAACAACCAAAAUACAGGCUUUCCAAUAUUCUGAAAGA